AUGGACGGCGAGCAGCGGAAGCUACUCCAAAGUGGGCCUUCGGAGGAUGAGCUCGAGGUUUGUAGUGUUGUUGAUGAUGAAGACAGUGGAAAGGUGGGCGAGCACAACGGAAAAAUUGGCUCGACCUAUGAGGCUGAGAAUAUCGACGAGCAACGUGACAGCUCUGACGAGGUAAAUGAUUGCCAUAUUAAUGAUGAACGCCCCGAACUAACAACAGAGGGGGGAGCAGAGUCUGAGCUUUCUGGUGGAAAGGAUGCGUCUUCGGGUGUUCCAGCCCAUGUCCAGGAGGAAAACCAUGAAGAUGAAGCGACUGCAAGGAGCUCAAAUGGCCUGGAGGUCGAUGGCGUUGUAGCUGGUGGGUUAGUCGUGGAAGAAAGUUCCUCAUCUUCUGCGAAUGGAGGAGAAAAAAAAUCAGAAAGCGCAUACCUGGACAGGAACAAUUCACCUGUUGAGGUUCAUGAAAAUGGUACUUCCGGUGAGGAAACUGCCGAAGGGAUAGAUACUCCUGGGUUGAAUCCAUCGGCAUCUUUUCAUGAUCGGAUGAAUCAGACACAAGAGUCUGUGAUCAAGGAUGUUGCUUUGCUUGAUGAGGAAACGUCAGUUCCUGUCAAUUCGGCACAGGACAUUGCUGAAAAAGAAUCUCCCUCUUUUCCUGUGAAUGGUGGAAAUAUGAAGCUUGAAAUUGACUGUGGUGAAGAAUCGGAUAAAAAGUGUGAUGCAGCAUCUUGCCACAGUGUGAUGAAUCGAACUGAUGAGGGCAUGAUUGAAAACAAUGGUUUAAUUGAUGGGGAAGCUGUCAGCCUGCUGGGUGAACCUGUUGAUCUCGCACAGGUUAUCUCGGAAGAAGAUGAUGCAGCCCAGGUUGCCUCACGCCAUUUAAAUGUGGAAACAAGUGAAGCUCAACAAUCUCAGUUUGCUGGUCCUUGUGAAGAACAGAAGCCACAAGAGCAGGGAGAAAAGCGGGAUGCAAAUUCUGGAGAGCAGGAAGAGAUUAAGAGAGAUUCUGUAAUGGCAGGAGGGUCAGGUUCAACCUCUUCUGGUGUUGAUAGGAAUACAACGACCACGCAGCCUCCACCAGCUAUUUCUUCAUCAGUUAGGAGGCCUUCGGGCCCUUCGCUGCCUUCCCAGCCAGCUGGUCUGGGUUCCUCUGCUCCCUUGCUAGAACCUGCCUCAAGAUCGGUUCAGCAACCCAGGGCAAAUGGAUCCAUGCCUCUGCGCCAUACUCAAGUCUUAGACGACCUUGCCAAUGGGGAAGCCGAGGAGAAUGACGAAACCCGUGAGAAACUUCAGAUGAUACGGGUGAAGUUUCUACGCCUUGCUCACAGGCUUGGGCAGACACCCCAUAAUGUCGUUGUUGCCCAGGUAUUGUACAGACUCGGGCUAGCUGAACAGCUGAGGGGCAGCAGAAACACAAACAGAGCUGGUGCCUUCAGCUUUGACCGGGCAAGUGCCAUGGCGGAAAAUCUUGAGGCAGCUGGGCAGGAGCCCCUGGACUUCUCCUGCACCAUCAUGGUCAUUGGGAAGACGGGAGUCGGAAAAAGUGCGACCAUCAACUCCAUCUUUGAUGAGGUCAAGUUCAGUACAAAUGCCUUCCAGCAGGGUACGAAGAAGGUCCAGGAUAUAGUGGGGACAGUCCAGGGCAUCAAGGUUAGGGUUAUUGACACUCCUGGGUUGUCAUCUUCCUCCUCAGAUCAGCAGAAAAACGAGAAGAUCCUCCACUCUGUGAAGCAUUUCAUCAAGAAGUCCCCACCCGAUAUCGUUCUUUAUCUUGAUCGGUUGGACAUGCAGAGCCGAGACUAUGGAGAUGUGCCUCUAUUGCGCACCAUAACCGAGAUAUUUGGGGCUUCCAUUUGGUUCAAUGCCAUCAUUGUUCUAACUCAUGCUGGUUCUGCUCCUCCUGAUGGCAGCAAUGGCACCUCCAUGAGUUAUGAAAUGUUUGUGACGCAGAGAUCUCAUGUUGUACAGCAGGCGAUUCGUCAGGCUGCUGGUGACAUGCGUCUUAUGAACCCCGUUUCCUUCGUAGAGAACCACUCGGCUUGUAGGAUGAACAGGGCUGGGCAGCGGGUCCUGCCAAAUGGCCAAGUUUGGAAGCCUCAGUUGUUGCUACUCUCAUUUGCAUCAAAAAUUUUAGCCGAAGCCAAUGAGCUCCUGAAGUUGCAAGACAGCCCACCAGGCAAACCGUUUGGUCAAGUUAGAGCACCUCCCUUGCCCUUCCUUCUCUCCUCCCUCCUUCAGUCAAGGCCACAGCUGAAGCUGCCCGAAGAGCAGUUUGGUGAGGAUGAUUCAAUGGAAGAUGGUCUGGAUGAUGCAUCUGAUUCGGAUGAUGAGUCAGAGUAUGACAGUCUUCCGCCAUUCAAGUGCCUGACAAGGGCACAACUUGCCAAGUUGAGCAGGGCACAGAAGAAGGCAUAUUAUGAAGAAUUGGACUACAGAGAGAAGCUCCUUUAUAAGAAACAGUUGAAGGAGGAGAGAAGGCGCAGGAGGCUUUUGAAGAAAAUGGGGGCGUUGGCCAAGGACGUGCCAGAUGAUCUUCUUAACGACAACCUUGAAGAUGAGAAUGGUGGCCCAGCUUCUGUGCCAGUUCCCAUGGCGGACCUAGCCUUGCCUGCCUCUUUUGAUUCAGACACUCCCAGCCACCGCUACCGGUUUCUUGAUACCUCCAGCCCCUGGAUCGUCAGACCCGUGCUGGAAACGCAGGGUUGGGAUCACGAUGUUGGGUAUGAGGGUCUGAAUGUAGAGAGGAUGUUCGUUGUCAAGGAGAGGAUCCCUCUAUCUAUUUCUGGCCAGCUUACAAAGGACAAGAAGGAAUGCAAUCUUCAGAUGGAGACGGCGGGCUCGAUCAAGCACGGAGAAGGAAAGGCCACCUCUUUGGGAUUUGACUUGCAGACUGUCGGCAAGGACAUGGCAUACACAGUACGUGGGGAGACGAGGUUCGACAAUUUCAGGUGCAACAACACUGCGGCUGGUAUCUCGGCCACCCUCCUCGGUGAUUCACUAUCCGCCGGCCUGAAGAUUGAAGACAAGCUCAUCCUCAACAAAAGGUUCAGGAUAGUCAUGAGCGGAGGGGCUAUGACGGGUCGAGGCGAUGUUGCUUAUGGGGGCCGUGUAGAGGCUGUUCUGAGGGACAAAGAUUAUCCGCUUGGGCGGAUGCUGACAACUCUUGCAGCAUCGGUCGUGGAUUGGCAUGGAGAUCUUGCCGUGGGUUGCAAUUUCCAGUCACAGGUCCCCAUCGGGCGCCAUACCAAUCUGGUUGGCCAUGCAAAUUUGAACAACAGAGGUUCUGGGCAAGUUGGUAUCCGCGUGAAUAGUUCAGAGCAGCUCCAAAUAGCUUUGAUCGCCCUUGUUCCGAUCCUGAAGGGGAUCCAGAGGAUGCUCUCCUUUGAGUCCUCUCUGUCUUCAUAG